AACAUAUCGCCAAAGCACAAGUACACAUAAACAUAUAUUCUUUUCUUUUAUUAAUAUUGAAUCAUUUGAAAACAAUCAUAGAAAUCUUGCUAUAUAUAUUCAUUACUAUAAAGAAAAAUAAAAUAUCCCGCUGCACACAGAUAGAUAAGAGUCCACAGAUGCCGUAUAGAUGCAUUGUAUGGGUGCAUUAGGUGUGUAGUAAGGUGGCAGUGGAAGUAGAUGAGACCAGAGGGCGCGCAGCACCCUUCCCGUUGCUUUUCUCAUCGCUUUUAUCUGUGAUGAGCUCCACGAAAGAUCCGAUGAGCCCGCUUGGUCUCGCGGACCAACCGUUAACCGGUGCGCGUCGCGUGCGAGGUAAAGCGGCGACCGACAAUUGGCCGAUGUAAUUUUUUUCUCCUAAAGGGGCGUAUUUUCAAGCCAUCUUGACUGAAUAUUUAGCCUCAUCCUAGGUACUUUAAAUUGAUAUCUUCGAGAUUUUGCAGUCUCGGACUUUCCAACCGCCGUCGUUCCAAAGGCUGAAGUCGCACCAAUGAAACCGGGUCGGGUUGGUGUGCUGUAGCGGCGCCGCGGCGGAGAAGCGGAGCAUUAAAGAUGACGCUGCUAACGGCUAGCAUGUCCGCCUCGGUCGGAGUCUGUCACUAGCUGACAUUUAGCCAGGUGCAGUUUUUCCCUUCCCUGGCACCGCAGAGGGCGGUUCAUCAAGAAAGAGGGAGAAAAGUCUCAUGCGGCAGCAUAACAGGUGGGAAUGUGAAACGACUGCUAGAGGACGCAACAUGGGAAGGGGUCGAGGCAGAGGGAGAGGAAGAGGCAGGCAGUCUGGUCAACCAAGGCCUCCCUCGCCUUAUAGACUACAGCUCUCUCCAUCCAGGGAGACUCUGACGUAUGCUCAGGCCCAGAAAAUUGUGGAGGUUGAUCUGGAUGGAAGGCUCCAUCGGAUUAACAUCACAGAUCCUCUGCCAGUCAUUACAGAGGAUGAGAUGAUGGCUCAGGACAUUGCAGAGUGCAACAGCAACAAAGAGAACAGCGAGCAAACCCAAGGUAAAAACAGACCGUGGAGGAAACCCUCUAACAAUAAGAGCAGGAGGAGUGGCAAAAACACAUCUCAGCAAAACCAGCGGUCUGCCUCACAGCACCAUACGGGAUCCACCCAUUCUUUCCAGCACCCAUCUCACCAAAGCCCUCUGCCUGAGCCCACCUUCCGUGAGCUGAGGUCAGUUUCUCCCUGUGAAGCGCCUCCUCUCCCAGCAGCCUAUUAUCGGUUCAUAGAAAGGUCUGGGGAGGAGCAGGACAAUGUGGCUGAGUACGACAUGGACGAGGAGGACCUGGCUUGGCUGGAGAUGGUGAACCAAAAGAGGGUGUCUGAUGGCCACGCGUCUGUGUCUCCAGACACCUUCGAACUGCUCAUCGAUCGCCUGGAGAGGGAGUCCAUUCUGGAGUCCCGCAGCCAAGCUUUAUCCCAGAACGCUGUCGAUGAGGAUGCCUUCUGCUGCGUUUGCCUGGAUGAUGAGUGUCUGAACAGUAACGUCAUCCUGUUCUGUGACAUCUGCAACUUGGCGGUUCACCAGGAAUGCUACGGUGUACCCUACGUACCUGAAGGCCAGUGGCUGUGCCGCUGCUGCCUGCAGUCCCCCUCCCGCCCUGUAGAUUGUGUACUCUGUCCCAACCGAGGAGGUGCCUUCAAACAGACGAGUGACGGUCGAUGGGCGCAUGUUGUCUGUGCCAUAUGGAUCCCAGAGGUUUGCUUUGCAAACACGGUGUUCUUGGAGCCAGUUGAGGGAGUGAAGAACAUCCCUCCAGCUCGCUGGAAGCUCACUUGCUACCUCUGUAAACAAAAAGGCAGGGGAGCUUCCAUUCAGUGCCACAAAGCAAACUGUUACAGGGCUUUUCAUGUUACCUGUGCCCAGAAGGCUGGUCUGUAUAUGAAAAUAGACCCGGUUCGAGAGACUGGUGUCAAUGGCACCACUUUCUCUGUGAAGAAGACUGCUUUCUGCGAGAAUCAUUCCCCUGUUGGGUCUCGUCAGGAUGGGUCAGGGGAUGAGUCUGUGGAAGGAAGGCUGGUCGGGGGAAGGGGCAGUCGUGGACAGCGGUCAUAUACUCAGAGCCCGCCUUCACCAACCAACAAAAAGCUGACCAAAGGCCAGAAGAAGAAGAACACUAAAGGGUCGGGGUCAUCACGCCGCUCCAAUCUUCCUGUGCUGCUUGUGCCUCAGAUCCCCUCUCACAGGCUAAACAAGAUCUGCACGGGAGUCGAAGUACAGAGGAAAAAUCAGUUCAUGCAGAGACUUCAUAAUUAUUGGUUACUGAAAAGACAGUCACGAAAUGGGAUGCCUUUAAUACGCCGACUUCAUUCCCACCUGCAGACUCACAAGACUGCAGAGCAGGAGCCGGAUGAGAAGCUAAGUGCUGCAAGAGAGGAGUUACGGUACUGGCAGAAAUUAAGACAAGACCUGGAAAGAGCUCGACUUCUAGUGGAACUCAUCCGCAAGAGAGAGAGGCUUAAAAGAGAAGAGAUGAAGAUCCAACAGGCUGCCCUUGAAAUGACGCUGACACCUGCGCAGGUGCUUCUACGAUCCACUUUGGAGCAGCUACAGGAGAAGGAUGCAGCCAACAUCUUCUCUCAGCCAGUCAAUCUGUCAGAGACUGAGGUCCCAGAUUACCUCGAAUUUAUAUCCGAACCCAUGGAUUUCUCAACAAUGCGAAGCAAACUGGAGGGACACGCCUACUGCUCCGUUGCAGACCUAGAGAAAGACUUCGAGCUCAUGAUUUCAAAUUGCCUCAAAUAUAACUCCAAGGACACCUUGUUCCACAAAACGGCCUUACAGCUAAGGGAAGUGGGGGGAGCCAUCCUCCGCCAUGCUCAGAGGCAGUAUCAGAGCAUCGGCCUUGACCCCAGCACUGGCAUGCAUCUGCCGGAGGCACCAAACAAACAUGGCUUCUGUCAGUGCACAUGGGAGGAUGUUGACUCUCUCCUGGACCCAGAAAACAGACUGCACUUGACUACAGAAGAGCAGCUGAAGGCCUUACUUGAAAAACUUGACAUGGUCACCUCCAUGCGCACCAGUGGCGGCCGCACAAAACGCAUCCGGCUGCUACGCCGGGAGAUUAACGCUCUGAGGCAGAAGAUGAGUCAGCAGCAACAUGUUCAUGCUGUUAAUGGAAAUAAUGAGGACGAAGAUGAGGAGGAGGUGAAAGAGAAGAAGAAAGAACAGAAGGAAAAGAUAAAGAAAAAAGACAAGAUGGAGGUGGAUAGAGAGCCUUUAUCUGAUUUGCCAAACUCUGGGUCAGAUGACUCUCCACCUGUGCUUGAGCUCACCUGUCCGGUGUCAUCGCCUCUACCAGGAGAUGCUCCUCUGGAACCUCCUGUCCUGGGCAUUGUAACAGGAGGGCAAAGGUCACCGGGGCGCUCCUACAAGCGUCAGAGGUCCUCGCGCAGUGGGAGCAAAGGCCAAGGUGAAGAUGAGGCUGAAGUUGGUGAAACGCCGUCUUCACAACCAGAAGCUGUUCACGAGGUCACGCCACUCGGCACGCCUCCAACUCUACCCCUAAUUGGAGUUGGCCGUCGCACGUCUGUUUUGUUUAAGAAAGCUAAAAACGGGGCGCGAAAAAACAAGUCCUCCCAGUGGCAAAAUGGCAAAACCUCUAAUGAGAAAACUAACGGGCUGGACAGCACUGCUGUUCAUCCCAGUUCCCCCAGUGUCAACAUCACCACCUUACCUCCUACUCCUAACGCGUCCCCUUCCCCCUCGUCUCCUUCCUCACACCAUCUGAGGUCCAGAGGUCCCAGCUCGGAGAGCGAACACGAUAAACCUCCUGCACCCUCCAAAGAUGAAGCCCUGACUAAUGGAAAGCACACGUCUGGAAAGCAAGGUGAUGUUGCGGACGAUGAGGAGGAUGAUGGUGAUGACCUGAACCUAACCACUUGUCCUCCCAAACGUAGUCGAGGUAAGCCAGCUUUGGCUAAGGUUCCCAACAAAGAAAAUGGAGACAUCUCCAAUUCUGGAAAGUCCACACUUCUUUCUUUAGAUAGGGAGACCAAACUUUCACCGCUGGACCUCGUUUGGGCCAAAAGUAGAGGAUACCCCUCAUAUCCAGCAAUGAUUGUUGAUCCUGACAUGCCUCAGGAAGGACUCCUACAUAAUGGCAUCCCCAUCCCUGUGCCUCCUGGGGAGGUCCUCAAACUGGGUGAAUGGAGACACACUGACGAAGGCCACGAGCUCUUCUUAGUGCUUUUCUUUGACACAAAGAGAACUUGGCAGUGGCUGCCUCGAAACAAACUACUGCCUCUGGGGAUGGAUGACACUGUAGACAAACUACGCCUGAUGGAGGGCAAGAAACCCAGCGUUCGGAAGUCGGUUCACACUGCGUACGACCGCGCCAUGGUGCAUUUAACCCAUGUGAGAAGAAAUGUUAACUUUACUCCCUCCAAUUUUAUAUAGAGCAUAUUUUAAAAAGAUUUUAUCAUUCUAAAUUAGCCGUCUGUAGAAAUUUACAGAGGCUUCCUUAAAAGUUCUUAAAGGAGUAAAUAGUGAUAGUAUUUGAAGGUUUUUUUGCAAAGAAAAAUGUUGCUUGGUUUCAAAAUUUAUGAAGAAAAGGUUCUGUGUGUUUUCAUAAAUUAGUUUAUUUAUUUUCUAUGUACAAUUUUCAAAAGGUGUUUUCCACAACCACUUGUUGCUGUGUGUUCUUAUGAAGUUUGUGAAUCAGGCCCAAAGUGAUGGAGGCAUGUGAUGGUUUAUUGUUGAAGGAAUUGUUUAUGGUUCGAAACAUAUUUAGAUUGUAUUUGCUCUCGAAAUGUCACUGUGUUUAAUGAAGUAUGAAGUUUCACCUUAACAUGUUUAAACCUGGAUUUUUUUUCUUUUAAACACACUGUUAAGACCAGAUAUUUACAUACAGUUUAAAAAAAAAACGUUCUAUAUUGAGAGGAAGUUCGUUACUUUAUAUACCAUAGGAUUUUAAAGUAACCCAUACUAUAACUAUUUCAAUGGUUUGGAUUCGGUUUGAACGAUCCAAGCUUUAAAAUUGUGGCUGAUGCCUGACGAGUUGUUCAAUAUUUAAAUGAUGUUCCUUCCUUAGAUUCAUUCAUUUAUGUUAAUGCCCUCCUGAUACAAACAAACACCCAUGCACACGUCCACCAUCUUACUAUGUCUUGUUCUCAGAUUUGCUCUGCGACUCUUUUCCCUGCAUAUAUACCAAUGGUUGUUUUUGUAUUAUCAGAUCAAAGUAUAUCUUCAGAUCAGAAGUUUGGCUUCUUCCCCUCUGACCUUUCAGGAAUGUUUGUAAAGUACUUGAUUUUCUGACAUAAUUCUACCAGCUUAAUUCAGCAUCUUUUGGUCAUUUUGCUUUUCUUCUAUUUGUUGACAUGCUGGUCUCUAGGAAACAGGACCUAUCCUCUUUUCUGAACGGUACGAUGGGAGCGUAUGCAAAUAUCUGGUUUCAAACAGAAGUUACCAAACUUUUCCAUGAAUUCAAAGUCAACUUUAGAUUUUUUUUCUCUUCAAGCUCAGUCUGUUAUAUUUUAGUUUUUUUUUUUUGCCAUAGAAGUCUUUAAUACCUACCCAAAUGUUUUCUUCCAAAAGGACAGUGCCAACAUUUUUUUUACACGUUUACACAUGCCGUUGGUGAAACUGUUUUGGUGUUUGAUUAUUUUCCAUAUUGUGAAACUGUUAAUAUGUUAGUAGAUUGAGAGCGGUCGGUGCAGAUACCCCUGCAGAGGUGAAAAAAACCCACUGAGAAACUUUUCUUUCUAAAUCUGGCUGGAAUGACUUGAAAAGCACAAAUGGUCUAAUUUUUGGAAUAGAAAAACCUACACGAACGGUGUUUCCUGGAGCCAUAUAUAUAUAUAUAUAUAU